AUGAAGCCAAUAAGAAUCUUAGUCAUCGCCACAUUUCUAUUUCAGUCAACUUAUGCUGGACUAUGGGGUAGUAGCAACAAAGCAGAUCCUAUCAAAGCAGAGGCAAAUCUACCUUUUGCACCUAUUUCUAAAUUUGAUUACAAGCUUUCUUUUAAAAAGAAUUUUUAUUACAACGGUAGUAUUCCCUUUUGGACAACAGGUGGAGACAUUCUCAAGGCAGAUGACUUUAUUCGUUUAUCGCCUUCUGUACCAAAUACAAAGGGAUGGAUUUGGUCAGAGAUUCCUAAUUCAUACAACGAAUGGGAGAUAGAGAUUGCUUUUAAAGUUUCAGGUAAGCAUUUGAAUGGCGGCCGUGGUUUAGCCUUUUGGUAUACAAAGGAGCGUAUGGAAGUAGGACCCAUUUUUGGUUCAAGAGACAAUUGGAAUGGGCUUGGCAUAUGGCUAGACUCUGCUAACCCUAUAACACAUAAACCUAGUACAAUGAUAUUAUUAAAUGAUGGCACUAUUGCUUAUGCUUCAGCAAAUGUAGAUCCAAGAAAACAUAUGCUUGGUUCAUGUUCAAUGAGUUAUAGAAAUACCGAAAACCCUUCUUAUCUUAAAGUGUCAUAUAAAGAAAAGACGUUAACAGUUUCAAUGGAUACUGGAAGUGGUGCAAAAGAUUAUCGUAUUUGUGUACAAAAAUCAGGUAUUGAAUUACCUGUUGGGUAUUAUUUUGGUAUAUCUGCAGCAUCACAUACACCUGCUGAUGACCAUGAUAUUAUCUCUUUUGAAACAAGACAAUUAAAUCCACCACAAAAGCUAGAGCAUCCUAAGCGUCCUUUGGAAGAAGAGAAAAAGAAAAGAGGCGAAGAGUUCACAGGUAUUGAUGAAGAACAGAAAAAGGCUGCUAUCUAUGAUACACAACGUAGAGCAAUCGAACAUAUUCAACUUGUGCAAUUACAAAUCGAAGCUUUGGGUGCACCCAGUCCUGACGACGCUAUCAGUGGUAAUUAUAAAAAAGUAGAUUCAAGUAACUCACUUGGUUCGAAUAGUAUUAUUAGCUCGUAA